UACACUUUAUAAAGUUUAUUCGUGGUUUAAAACAAGGUGAUCUCACCUGUAAAAUGUGGCCACGCCCUGACUGUUACUAUGGUAACGUAAGGUUCCGACGUCACGUGCCAUCGCCAACGAUUGCAUUGAAGACAAACGCAAUAGCUCAUGUUAGCUAAAGUUUCGUCACGUACGUUACGCAGGUUACGUAUUUAGUGAGAGUUGGGCGUUAUGUAACGCUGAAGUGAAGUUUGGACAUCGGCUUGAAGAAAAAUCAGUGCGAUGGAUAAGACAGGGGCUAGCAGCUGCAGUCGUAAUGCCAUAAGGACAGACCUCCGCUUGCUGCUCGAGUGUCUGAAGUUUCAGAUGAAAUGUCCUGAUCUGCAGAAACAAGCUCUUCUCACCAUUCACUCCAUCUGUGAGAAGAGAGGUGAUAACGUGGACCUCCUGAGGGAACUGGGAGGUGUGGCGUUCGUGUACAACCUCUCCAAAUCCAGUGUUGUUCAUUCAGAUGUGAAGGAGACUGCGCUCUUCACACUUGGCACUCUGGCAGAGGCCAAUGUGUUUUGCAAGGAUUCUCUGUGCAGAAAAGAGACAUUUGCAGACCUCGCUGGUUGGUUGAUUAAAGAAGACGUCCCGCUGACACAGAAGAGAGUGUCUGUCUAUUUGUUGUCUGUGUUGGUAGCCAACAACAAAUUAGGACAGUCUUUAGCCCAAUCCACUGGCUGCCUGGAUAUUCUACUGGCCCUCUUCAGGACUACUUUUCCCCUUUCCAAGGAUGCUACUUCAGUUGUAGCUAAUGCUGCCCACACGUACCAACUCUGGGCGUCUGUGUCUAGUGCUCUCUGUGGAUGUGUCAACAAUCCUCAGAAUGAAGAGGGUCAGCGUGUUUGUGUAGCAGCCUUCCCCAUAAUAAAAAUAUGGCUCAAGCAGAUUGCUCUGGAACGCACAGAGAUUUUUCAAUCGGUUUGUUCCUUCAUAGCAAUGACAGUUGCCAACAACUGCUAUGCUCAGGAGAGUUUUUCUGCCUCGGGGGGUUUGGAGACUCUCACUCUCUCACUGCUUCGUCUAGCUCCUGCUGCAGAUAUGAACUUGUUGUCUUGCCAGCUUUCUGUCACUAUUUCCAAGACCCUGUCAGCUUGUGUCACUUAUAACUCUGCUCUGGCUUCAGGUCUGGCUCAGUAUGGCAUAGUAGCCAAUCUCUUCUCUCUGCUGGCCAGUCCAAAUCUGCUCCCUGAGGACAGGCUCUCAGUUUUACUUACCCUGAGUCACUGCACUGAGGCGUCUGAGGAUCACCAGUCCCAGUUGGUUCAAUGUGGAGGCCUUCCCCUCAUCAUAACGCUAGUCACAGAGGACACAUGUGAGGAGGUCAGGAAGGCUGCUACAUUCAUAUUGCAGACCUGCAAACAGGCCACUAUGUCCUUGGUGCCUGGUCUGAUAGCAAGACAUGGGGAGGAUGAAAACACGGAGCCCCUUACAAACAUGGAAAGCUUCAGGAGCACAGCCUGGGAGUUGCUUUGCAGGAUUAACCAGCUAGAGAGGAAACAGGCAAAGAAUGCUGAGGACGAGCAGGAAGACAAAGACCCACCAACUGCAACUAAAGGGACAGUUCUACUGCAUCCAGCCUUACCUUUACCUCUGCAGCACAAGGGGAACAUUAAAACCAUCCCCACAGCAUAUAGACAGACCAGCACUCAUAAGCACGUGGAAGCAGGGGGUGACAACAACGUUAAACGUCCAACUGCCAGAAAUGUGCUCAUAAAGGAGAACGCCAGUGAACUGAAAACCAUGAGUUCCACUUUAAGUUCUCAGGAGGAGAAAGCUAAAACCAGUGGAAGGGAUGAGUGGUGUUCUGUGUGCAAGGGUGCCACCACCAAAUUGUCUUCUCAUGCAUUUUCACUAGAGGGAGGCAGAGAGCGACACACAGCCGACAGUCAGUUGUUUAAGCCCCCAGCACCAGUGAAGCACGGUGCACCAAAAGAAACUAAGUGCACUGAUGAAGAGUUACAGGACUGGGACAUGAGUGACGAGGGAGAAAUCGCAGCAGAAGAACACGCACUCUCUCAUUCCCGGUGUGCAGGCUGUGUGUUGCCUUUUGACAAAGUGACCAGUCGCACCUUUGCAUCUCUUCAAAGCUCCUGCCAUCACAGCUGUGACAUGCACAAGGCCCUCCAAGAGGCCACCGAUCGAUUCAGGACUCGUCACUGCAGCCUUCUGCUCAAGAGAGAGAACCGGAAUGUCACUGUGGGGCCAACAGAGCAGAACUCAGAGGAGAGUGUGUCGGCAGCAGGGCCACAAAGAAGCCGCGAACACUGCAAGGUGAAAGAGGUCUCCCUGACUCCCAUGCGUAAAGGAGCAGGGAAAAUCAAGAGCUACCUGCCACAACACCACUGGAAGAAGCACACUGGCAUCACUUUGACUCCACUGCACAGAGGAGCUAAGAAGGAGACAGUCACUUCCUACAACAAGACCGAGGAGGAAAAGGAAGGAUUUCUGCCUUGAGGAGGUGCGCUGCCUACUGAGCAGAGUAAAGAGAUUUGGCUUCUCUUGGAACAUCUUGUGGUCGUAUCCCUUCCAACCUGGACGCACCAAUGUCAACUUAGCCAAGAAAUACAGGCAGUUAAUGAGAGGUAAAACCCUGGAUGCUGGCUGUGCAUGAUCUCAGACCUGAGAGAUCCUGGGGCAGAUCGUUAAUAAUGGUCCUCUGGAAGACGACAGCUUUGAAAUAUCUACAAGGUUUUCAUUCUAUCCAGUUAAAAACACUGUUUUGAUUGUACUGAUUUUAGUACUUUGUAUAUAUUUUGUUAUAUCAAAUUGUUUCUGCAGCAGUGUUAAUUUCUGUAAGUGUUUGAGAUAUUGCUAAUUGUUAAUUUAUGUUAUAUAAAACAUUUAAACAGGU